AAGUAGAGAAGACAAUAGCUAUGAAAGAGAUUAUGGCAGUAGUGUAUUUUGAUAUAGAAAAAGCGUAUGACACGGUAUGGAGAGAAGGGUUGUUAAUUAAAGCUUCAAGGAUAGGAAUAGAUGGGAAUAUGUAUAAUUGGUUAUCUCAAUUUCUGUUUGAAAGAACAUUUGUAGUUCAAGUGGGAGGGUGUCAAUCUUUAAUUUAUAAAGCAGAAAAUGGUAUUCCUCAAGGGAGUGUUGUAAGUCCAAUUCUUUUUAAUAUCAUGAUUAAUGAUAUUUUUGACAAUUUAGGAUAUGGUGUGGGAUGUGCACUGUAUGCUGAUGAUGGGGCUAUUUGGAAGAGAGGAAGAAAUUUCAAACAAGUGAUGUCAGAUGAAGACUAUGAAUAUUCUGAUGAUGGUGUCAGUGAGCACGAGGAGACCGCAGGGAGUGAUGGAGAUAAGGAAGAAGAGCAGAAUGGAGAUGCAGAGGAAAACGACAAUCCCAAUGCUGGAUGGGCUGAAACCAUGGCCAAAAUCUUGGGGAAGAUCACUGAAAGCAAACCAAGCAUCCUCCUGAAAAAUAAAGAAAUGAACAAGAUCAAAGACAAGAACAAGAAAGAGUGGCUUGAAAAAAAGAAACAGGUAUUGAGUGGCCAUCUGAUCAAUUCUACUUUAACGUGCCGGGAGAAGCCUGAUGUGGUUAGAGGCCGAGACCAUGAGAGGAAUCUACAGAGAACUGCAACAAGGGGUGUAGUGCAGUUGUUCAACGCGGUAAAGAAACAUCAGAUGAACGUGGAUCAAAAGAUGAAGGAUGUCGGCGGUUCAGAGAGAAAGAAAGCCAAAAUUCUGUCCUCGUCUAAGAAAGACUUUAUUGAUGUUCUACGAGGAGCAGACUCACCUGCCAUUAAGAAAGAAAGAAAAGCGACAGCAGAAGUGAAGGUGGAGAAUCCAGCCUGGAGUGUGCUGAGAGAUGACUUCAUGAUGGGCGCCUCCAUGAAGGACUGGGAUAAAGAGAGUGAUGAAGAGGCAGGAGGAGACCAGGAUCCUGAUGAGGACUGCAGAAGUGAAUCAGACUGAUUGCAUAUGUGCGUCAUCAGCGCAUACAGACUGUACCAAGAGCUAAGUCUCUACACGAACCAGAGUUCCCUGUUGCUGGGUCACAUUUGGCUGCCUGUGGAAUUAAGUGAGACGCUGGUUUGUGCUGUUUGAACUGGAUCUGUUCAUAUGUCCUGCAAACAGGGUCUUUAUUGAUGAAUCCUGCAACGUUUUGCCUAAACCGUCUACUAUUUCUGUUUAUACUACAGGGCUGUUGAAUGCUUGAUUCUGAUUGGUUGAGAACGUUCUAAGGUGUGCAAUUAUUUUCAGGGAAACCCACGGCUAAAGUAGUUCCAGGCAGGUCUUGACCGCAUUACAGUUCCAUAUCACUUCGCGUAGUCAACUGUAAUAACGGAAAAUAGGAUACAAUUCAUAACAAGAAGUGACAGCGACAAAUCCACUUCAACUUCAAGAGGAAAAAAAUGACAGACUAUUUUGAUAUUUCCGAAGUAAAUUUUAAUAUUUAUGGUCAACAUAAACAUUUUAACAACUGGGCGACCGCAGUAUUGGAUAGCUCAGAUGAAAAAACAAAUAAACGGAAGAGGACAUCAAAGGCAGCCGGCAACAACAAAAGACAUAAAACAAUCAGCGAAGAACAGCUAGACCGACUCGAGGCUGAAAAACAUGAAGAAAACACCAAAAAAACAACAGCUUGGGCUGUCAAUGUGUUUAACAUGCAGUUUAAUUUUAAUAAAUAAAUUCGUUCGAAUUAACGAAUGAAUUAUAACGUAUGAAUUAAUAAAUAAAUAAUAUGACGCACAUGAUUUUCUGUCUCAUUAUUGCAACCUCUGUCUCUCUAAUAACUACACUAAUAACUGUAUUAGUCUGCUGUCAGUGGGUCAAACCUCCGUUACUAACUCUAAAAUGGCGUUUUGGAAUUAGCAACGGAGGCAUGGGAUUAGAUGCGUAAGAAAUUAGUCCUACAUACAAGAGCGUUUUAAUGACAAAAACUUGACAAACGUCUAGAAUCACAUCAUCUGAACAAUGUUUCGAGGUGUGGUAACUGUAGUAUAAGCGGAAUUAUUGACUCCGGGCCGUUGAAUUAUUAGAAAAAUAAUGCACACCCGAGGUGUAACGGCUGCUUCGCAUCGUGACCGCAUUACCACCCCGGGUGUGCAUUAUUUUUCUAAUAAUUCAACGGCCCGUCGUCAAUUAUUCCUUACAUAUAGUCAUUUUUUCCAUAUGUUUUGCAAGUUGCCUAAUAAAUAUUUUUUACAUUUGUCAGAUGUUUUCAUAGUGAUGUGUCCAGUAUGUUGCUGUUAAGUGUGUGGUAUGGAGAAUUUCGAGAUGUUCACUUCAUAGCAUUAUGAGAACGGGCCAGAUAUUUCAUAAUUUCAGUAAGGGGUUGACUGAGUAACUUUAGCCUUUAUGAAAUGUUUGUUGCCAUGUUCUUUUUGCCUUGUAUUGGUCAUUUGGAUAAGUUACGUUUUAAGUUCAGGUUUAAGUUAAAAGGAAAAAUGAUCCACAUGCGUAGAUUUCUGCCCAUUACCCAGAUUUCGCGCUGCAUGUAAACACUUAGCCGACGUUCUUCAAAACAACACAAAGCAUUAAAUUCUGGAGAUUUAUAUUUUCUUGAGUACAUUUCUAAAAGAGGCCAUUUAGACUAGUGUCACAAAUGAACUUUUCUAUUAAGGGGCAACAUUUGCCCCCUUGGAGUUGUUUUUUAGAGGAAUUUUUAUUUUCUAACCAUACAAAAUGACAAUAUGAAGUAAAUUGUGUUCAGAGAAACGGAUUGGUUGCCUAUAAAUUAAAAUGAACAUCAAAUAAUUGCAUGUGAUAAAUAGUGUACUAGGUCUAGAAUAGAAAAACAAAUAUAUUUGAUGGUACAAAUAAGAAAAAUAAAUGCCACUUUUUGCCCCAACAUUUUAUUUGUUGGGGGACUUCUUUGUCACCUUCAGUGAAAUUUCUACACCAAUCAUCUAUGUGAUUAUCUAAUCAGCCAAUCAUGUGGCAGCAGUGCAUAAAAUUAUGCAGGUAUGGGUCAGAAGCUUCAGUUAAUGUUCACAUCAACCAUCAGAAUGGGGAAAAUGUGAUCUCCGUGAUUUGGAGCGUGGCAUGAUUGUUGGUGCCAGACGGGCUGGUUUGAGUAUUUCUGUAACUGUUGAUCUCCUGGGGAUUUCACACACAACAGUCUCUAGAAUUUACACCGAAUGGUGCCAAAAACAAAAUAUCCAGUGAGCAGCAGAUCUGUGGACUGAAACACCUUGUUGAUGAGAGAGGUCAACAGAGAAUGGCCAGAGUGGUUGGAAUUGACAAAGUAUACAGUAACUCAGAUAACCGCUCGGUGAAAUUGUUGUGAGAAGAAUGUGUCAGAAUGCUAUUCUAAGAUGUGGGUUGUUUCUGUUUUGGUGGCACGAGAGGGACCUACACAAUAUGAGGCAGGUGCUUUUAAUGUUGUGGCUGAUCGGUGUAAGUAAGCCAUUUGUGGGUUUACCUUCCCCAAAAGUAUAAACACUGAACCUCCCAGGCAGUCAAAAUAAUGUUUACAUUUUGAGCGGCCCACUCAGCUCCACCCAUCCCUUUUUAGCUCAACCUAUAGCAUGAGUUUGGGGCGUGGCUUCUUGUAGUAAACUGUUCAACGGGAGAACAUGAACAUCCAUGGCACACGUGUUACAGAGGAAACGAAACUUAGCUUCGGCAAAAUUCAGAGACUUGCUAGAGACAAAGAGACAUAGUGGAGGAAUUUUUGGGAUUUGAUUCUUGCGAUUAGAUUCAUGUUGUAUCUCGACAGGUAAACUACACUCUGGUAUUGCCACACAAGUUAGCUCAUUACUGUUGAGCUUCAGAUAAAUUCGUAAACUUGAAGGUGAGUAACUGAUUUUUUUUUAACUAUCCAAUUAAGAUUUUUUAACUUACUGACAUUCUUUAAAAAGUUAACAUAUUUUUUCUAUAUUAUAAAUAAAUUAAGAGUGCAGCCCGCAAGGGUACAGGGUUCCAGCGACCCCUGACCUUUCCGAAGUGGAGUAGCCCUGGUCUAGUGUGUCAUUAUAAGGCUACACCUGCCGAACCGUCAAAUCUGGGAAAAAAUUGGCAGUGUGUGUUUGUGUCUUUUGCUUAAGUUUUUCAUUAAACUAUUAUUUAUAUACACGCUGUUUCUUGCCUCCUCCUUGCCAGUCUAAAUCCCUUUACGCUUGACGGACAGCUGCCCGUAAACAAUCUCUCUCUCCUCGCACCACCAUCCGCAGUUGGCCUUUAUCCCUCUCGGAGGCUUAAUUAGCCUGAUAAGGGGCGGGGUGUGCAGAAUCGCGACCGGCCCUGCCCUCCGCCCUGUCACAUACAUAUGUAUAAAACAAACAGCUUUGUUGACUAAAGAAUGUUUUGAGUGGAUACAGUGACACCUGUGACGGAGAGGUUUGGCGAGCUUUGUGUGCACACAUUUUAAGUUUGUACAUUUGUACAGAGAUGAUUUCACCUCUAAAGAACUAAAUUGGGCCAAAAAAUUGCCAAAAAAAUGACUAAAACAACAUUUGCAACAAGUGGGGUGGGCGUAGAUUUAAACUUCAAUUAGUUCUGUCUAUUGUACAUAACAUGUUAUGAAACUAUAGUUAUUUAGUCAUCAUGCGCAGAAGAUAUUUUGUUCUCCUUACAAAAGCAUUUUUAUAUUGAUAUUUGUUGACCAAUUCUGAAAUGUUUGUAUCAUGAAAUCAAAGCUAAUAUUAUUCAGUUAAAUGUGUUUUGGUGGCUUUUUAUGUUUAUCAGAAUUCUGAUUUAAUUAGUUAUGACUUCAGCGUUUCUUCAGGGUUUUUUGUUUUCACUGAGUGCUGUUAUGUUGUUUUAUUAUUAUUAUUAUUAUAUAAUGAUCAUCUUAUAAAAAGAGUAAAAAUAAAUUACACUAAAAGAUAAAAGAAAGGGAAUUAAGUGUCAGGAGUAUUACAAAAGAUAAAACAAUUAUCAAAGGAAAAAAGAUAAAAGGAUUAACAAGUUUGUUUGUGCGAUUGUUUGUCUGAUCCCUGCUCAAAGAUUGGAAGUGACCCCCUGUUUGGAGGUCUCCAGCAUGCAGCUAUACCUACUUGGAUUGGUUCAGUGUCUGUUAGCAAUCUGUUAUCUAGAACAAAACUUGCUACGGAGCAGGUUAGCCGUGUACAGGGCCGUAGCUAGUGGGGUGAAAGUUGGUAACGAAUCCAGGGGCCCAAAGGUCCAGGGGUCCCAUAACGAAUUUGAAACUGUAUUAUUUUAAGAGGAAAAGGGUCCAGAGCAAUAUAUAGCCCAGAAUUCUUUGCUACGUCCCUGGCUGUGUAGUGUAAGUUACUAUGGCGAUGAACGCAGCUAAAAGCCGUCCAACCUUCAUGGUACCUAAAACCCAACGUUAACACAAACUUAACUGAACGUUUUCCCUCUGAAGCUGGCUUCAUGGUACAGGCUCCUGGUGUGUUAAACUGCUUUCACUUGUUCCUUUAAACAGUGUAAGAAAACGGCAUUCUCGUUGACAUGAUGUAGCCUAUCAGAGCGCCGCUUUUUGGAAAAAAAAAACGUUUUUAAGAACGUGUAAAUGUGGUGAUUGUCAUCGUUAGAAACUAUGUUUAUCCUUGCUGCAAGUAAACCCAUAGUUAAAGUAGUAUGAGCUGUACAAUACUUUGUGCACUAAAGAGUGUAGAGUUUCAGUGAACACAGCCUUUGACGUCAAAGGAAAAAAAGUGGGAAGCUUUGAUCAUUCUAUUUGCGUUGAUAAGCGUGAGAAGCACUGGAGAAUCCUGUUCAUCCCAACAUCAGAAACGUUGUGUUCUGUCAUGUCAUGCCAUCUCUUGGGAGAAAGUUUUUAUACCACACGUCUUCAAUGGGAUAGGAUGGAGUAUAAAGUGGAACUGAGAAGGACUGUGUGCCUUGGUGUCCAAAUGUCUCCACUGUAUGUUUGUGAUUGUCAGUGCUGGUGAUGUUGAGCACAAGGUGGCGCUGCUGUCAAAGUAGUGUAAUGAUCUGCAGGUCAGUUCACAUUCUGACCUGUAUGGAGAAGCUCGUUCUAUAAAUGAGAACUGAACUCCCAUUGCAUCUAUACCUUCCAUCUUGAUAUGAGCAGGCCAUAUGGUGAUUUAUAUUAUCUUGAGCUCAUUAGGAUAGUGCUGACCUCUGCAUACCGGCGUUGUCGGGUUGCCAAGAGUUGUCACCUUUGGCUUUUGACCUUUUAGGGUGCAGUUGAUUCUAGACUUUCUCUUUAUCUCUCUCAGUCGAGCUCUGUGUACACUCCCAGUUGAGAUAUAUUUACCCAGCGUCUCGGACAGUACGCUGUCACUCUCAGAGUGUGCUUCAAGUAAAAUGUUCAUUUCUCACAUCAUCACUGUGACCUGCCCUCUCCAGGUCAUGUUGACACGCCACCCAAGAAUCAGUCAACCUCGCUGUCUGUCCUGUUUCUCCUCCACUACUCAUUUUUCACAUUUGAAGUAGAUUUCUGUUCGAUUUUUAACAUUAUAUUUGACAAAGAAAGUUGCAUUGUGAUGAUUGGAGUGUGACAGGGUUGAGCGUUUCAAAGCAAAAUAGCUGCUGUUAUCAAGGUUAUUGCUCUCCUGUCAUUUAAAUUAUCCAGUUUUAAUUAAAAUAAAGGUUUUUUAUACAAAUGUGAUUUAUCAUAUAUAUAUAUAUAUACAUACAGUGUGUUGCAAAACACAAUAUCAGUUCCUGUUCAAUAUAUUAUUUAACAUGACUAUUUUCUUGAGGUUAAUAAGUGAU